AUGUUCAGAAAGCUCAAGGUCCACACGAGCCCUGCUUCGAUUAUUGGAUUAGACGUACAGAGCCGACCAGAACCGGUGAACGCCUACAUUGAAUUCAAGCUCGGCCAGCUUCAGGAUGAAUUCGACUAUGACGAAGCUGCUCUGCAGAAGAUGUCUACCGAGAUCCAUGAACGUGCUCAAAAUACCUUCCUUUGGGUGUCCCUCGUAUUCAAAGGCAUUUUCAAAGACGACAUGACACAGUCCCGCGCGAUCGCGUACAUCCAGGACACUCCUUCUGAUCUCACGGCGGUAUACGAUAAGCUCUUGGCGAAGAUUGAGCAUGAGCACUCAUAUGAACGCAAAUAUUGCAUAGAGGUUCUCGCGGUGUCUUGCCUUUCAAGUAGGCCGCUAUCUUCGUCUGAAAUCCACCUCCUUGCAGACCUACCAGUCGAUGUAAAGACAAGCGAGAUCCUCCCCAGGUGCGGCUCUUUCCUCGCCAUCAAAGAUGAUACUGUGCGCGUCAUCCAUAAGUCUGCUAGGGAAUACUUGAACAAAUACAUCGACUCUCAAUCUGAAGCAGGGGUGAGCCAGCGGCAUAUUGAUAUAGGGACAAGGUCGAUCUCCGAAAUGUCCAAGGUACUCAGGCGAAACAUCUACAAUGUCUCUCACGACACGCCGGCCAAGGAUGCUCUUGUGCCCAACGAUAGUCCACUGUCCGCUCUUCGAUACUCGUGCGAGUUUGGGCUUGGUCAUCUAUGCAAGGGCGAAGGUGACCCGAUGACCGAGAAAGAUCUUAUCGAUUUUCUGGACGUACAUUUCCUGCACUGGCUCGAAAGCUUGAGCUUGAUUCAGAGACUCCCAAGUGCCCUAUUGUGCAUAAGCCAAUUGCUAGCGAAAUUUCAGUCGCAUGAAAAUUCCCGUUUCGCUGCGUUUUUGGAAGACGCCCUUCGCUUUCUCAAACGAAACUUGACCAUUAUCGAGGAAACACCUCUGCAGGCAUAUGCUGGGGCUCUGGCACUUUCUCCAACCAAAAGCCAUGUUAGGAUGCAGUAUUGGCAUGAGAGAUUGCCUUUCAUCAAGGAUGUCAAAGGCGUUCGAGAUGAGUGGGAUCCUUGUUUGAUGACGAUUCAGGCUUCCGAGGGAACAAAGCAACUUGAGCUGUCUCCUGAUGGUCAAACCCUUGCUUCGUUCUGGAGAAGACUCAAGACUGCCUCGGAAGGUCCUUCUGCUCGUGUAUUCCUUUGGGAUACAGAGACCGGAGCUUGCAAUAACACACUCCCAAUUCCAGUGUCUGACGGUCGGGCAGCUGUUUCUAUGGUCUUUUCACCAGAUAGCAAGACCCUCUUCACAGUCUGUGAGCAGGAGGUUCGCCUGUGGGACGUUUUAACCGGCGAGGAUAUCAAGAAGUUCGACUUACCUGGUCCGGUGCCCACGGCUGCGGCAUUCUCGCCGGACUGCACGACUCUUGCUUUCGCUCAAGAGGGCGCUAUCAAAACCUGGGACCUCGCAACCGAAUCGUCGAAGCGUACAAUCGAUACUGAGUCUAAGCAUGUCCAAGACAUUGUUUUCUCGCUGGAUGGGAUUAGCCUGGCUGCAGUUUUGGCCGACUACACUGUGGGCAUAUGGGACAUAACAGAUGGCUCUUGCAAAGCAACUCUUCCUCAUGGCAGUUUCCCAGCAUUCUUUAACCUUUCGCCGGACGGAAAGGCUCUCUCAACGACCACAGUUCCUGACGGCACCAUGCGUCUCUGGGAUGUUGCAGCCAGAACCUGCAGGGAGAUAUCUGGUUAUCAGGUCGGGGACGCGCGUUUCAUACGCGGCAUCUUCUCUCCCAACGGGGAAGACAUGGCCCUACUCACCGGUGAUCUGGGCGCCACAGGAGCUUGCAGAGUAGAUGUUGUGGAUGUUGCAUCCGGGUCUGAAAUUCGACAUCUCGGUUUCGGGGCUAGCAGUUCUCUUGUGAUCUUCUCGAGAGAUGGGAAGACUAUGAUGACUGUGAGCUUAUUAGGGCUGAUACACUUUUAUGAUACAACCAGACAGAUCAAACAGAGCCCAUUUGGUCAUGAGCGAAGAGUUACAGCUCUCAAGCCUUUGCCUGGGGGCAAGCUUGCGACGGUAUCCCACGACAGGACGGUGAAGCUCUGGAAUGUCGAGGAGAAGUCCUGGGAGCGUACGCUGGAGGGACACGAUUAUGAAAUUGGGACUCUGGCAGUCUCGCCAGACGGUAGGACUCUUGCAUCGGGUGCUAUUAACGGCGAAAUUCGCAUCUGGGACAUCGCAACAGGCGCCUGCAAGCAGACUCUGGGCAUAUUUGAGAAUGAGGAGAGACUGCAUUACUUUUCCCUCAUAAGAUCCCUCACAUUCUCCCCCACUGGAUCCCUCCUCAUUGGUGGAAAAGCAAAUGCCUCUCGCGAUCUCGCCGGAACUGCGAUUUCUCAAGACGAUAAGACUCUGUUCGUUGGCUCGUUCCAGGGUCAGGAUACGGUCUGGGAUAUUGCCACAAAGACUUCGAAACCAUUGGGACAGGCUGGGAGGGAAACAAUUCGCGUGGCGAUCUCGUCCGAUGGAAAUAUACUCGCUACAGGAAGACCCAACUAUGUGCAAGUCUGGAAUGCCACCGGCAGCGAUUAUGAACCGGUAACUGAGAUUCAAACGAAAACAUAUACCAGAAAGCUGGCGUUUUCCGAGCAUGAUGCCUAUCUGAUAAUGGAUGACGGCUUGCACGAAGUUAUCUCUGGAGCCCCAGAUUCUAACCCUGGUCUGACCAUUUCGCAAUCAGAAAUGCGCCUUGACGAGUCGUGGUGGAUUGCCAGGGGCGGACGGAGAAUGCUUCACCUGCCACCGGAUUACCAUAAGCUUUUACUGGCUGUCAACAAUGUGGGUAAUACGUUUGUCUUUGGAGACGAUUCUGGUCAGCUUGUGUUGUUGGAGCUUUCCGAAUCAUGA